UAAUCGAUGUCGACCCAACCGCAACAACCCGUUGUCGUUUACCCAAAUAAUGUGCCUGCCGGGCAAGCACCGCCAUCUCAUAGCCAUUCCGAUGGAUCGUUUGGACCAGUUUUUAUAGUGCUGGCAAUGAUUAUUGUUAUUUCAGCCAUCGCUUGCUUCAUCGGAAGAAUGUGUAACCGGUGGGGGAAUCAAACGAAACCCUCUGGGCAAAACCGGAACCAUGAUUUGCGUCCUAAAGAAAGGGACGUGGAGUUUGGCCUCGGGUCCAGUGGGAGGAUUCCUGGUGCCGAACCGCCCGGUGGGCAUGAUGAACCGAGCAAAGGGUUCAAAAUGCCCGGAAAUGAAGAUGUUGGAGGGCCUAGAAUGCCUGAAAAAGGGGAUCCAAUUCCAAGGAUCAGAAUCCCCGGAAAUGGAGAUCCUAGGGGACGUAGAGUGCAUGCAAAUGGGGAUCCCACAGGGUUCAGAAUCCCCGUACCAAAGCCUGUAGAUGAUGGACCGCUAAAACCUGAUGAAUGAUAUCUAAUAUCACGGC